AUGCGUGAACGUUCCAUUUUUUCUGUAGCCAGAAGUCUGGGACGAGAUAACGAAUCCAAUAUGGCGGCCAAGCCGAAUUGUUUGAUAGUUUGUAGCUCUGCAACUCAAGGUAGGGAUAUUGUUUAUUCCUGACUCGUCAGAUAAUAAAAUGUAAAGAAUCUAAUAAGUAUAAUUCUUUUGGUCUUCAAUAGAUUAUACUUGCGAAAGCACAGUCCUGAAACUUGGUUCUGGUAUAUUGGUACUGUCAGAAAACAUAAUUUUCCAUAGCAUUAAUAUCUUAAUUUGUUUAAGAUGUCAUAACUGUAUAAUCUAUACAUUGUUUGGUCUUUGUUUUUGUUUUCAUUUACACCAGGAUAUGAACCCCAAGUUGGAGAGUGUAAAUAAAAUAUCACAAGGUUUUUAUCUGUCAAAUAAGGAUGUUUCCUUUGAACAUUUAAUAAGCUUAAUUUUUUGCAUUUUAUACCCUUUAGGUGUCUCUGCUCAAUCUUUCAUUCACGCAUUUACACUGACACAUUCUGUGUUCAAUGUACAGAUUGCAACACCUAAGGUAGGAAAAUCAAGCUUUCAAAUCCAUCCAAUCCUCAGUUUAGAUUAAACUUGAAGCAAUUCCCCAAAAUAGAUAAGCAUAGGGAAGGUGUGAUACAGUACAUCAUAGUUAGUAGUGGGGACUACUAACUAUGAUUUCAUGUAGAUAAGAUCAUAUUAAGCGUAUUUAUUGAGGACUAGAGAGAAUAGAGGAGUCAAUGCAGCGGUGUUACCAGUGUGCAAAUGCCUGUCCCACCCCUCCCUAUUUAAAAGUGAGUAAUGCUUAUACCCCUCAGAAAUUUAAUGACCAUUACAUGCCAAAAAAAGAGCUGGCUCAUGCUUUGAAAGUUUACAAUAAUGAGUGUCUGUGAGUUCCUGUAGAUGGUCUUUCAGGAUAGAUGCUAGUCUCUUGCAAAAUUGUUAUUCAGAAAAUGUUUCUUUGUAACUUAGGUGCUUGCACAUGUGUCUGAAAAAACCUCCAAACGAGCAACUAGUGAUCUGGUAGUUUAGAAUGUGUAACAUUUAAAUUAUUUGUCACAGACCUUUACAGUGUCCAGUAUAGUCAGUGUGAUUCCUGAUCCUUAAGGCUAGCCUUUUGUAAUGCAGCAAUAAAUACGAUAAAAAAUUCAGUUAUUUAGCAUUGCUUGUUUAUUGGAAUCCUAGGGCCAGCAAAUAGACUUUGUGAAGUCUGAUGAAAACAGCAGAAAGUGGUUAAAUGAGUUUAGAACAAAACCAUUCUCAGUUCCAGGAAAACUUGAAGAUGUUGAUGGUAAAAAGAGUUUAGAUGAUUUGCAGAAUAUUUCAGUGUGGGAGUAAUGGAAACCCCUAACGGAUUGUUUCUGGCUGGAACUAUCUGUCUGUUGGAUGAGAGAUAAUGAAAAUUUUUUUCUUUAAGGGUUUGCACAGUCUUGAAAAGUCCUUGAAUUUAAGGUGGAAUCCUUGAAAAGUCCUUGAAUUUAAGGUGGAAUCCUUGAAAAGUCCUUGAAUUUUCUUCAACUUUGAAUGUAGUGGCCUGGAAAGUGUUUUUUAAAUGCUUUUUGGUUGUCCAAGAUCCCAGCGGGGGGGGGGGGGGGGCCCCCUGGGGGGUACUCCCAUACAUUACCUAUACAGGUAUGUGCGGCCCAAUGGGGUCAUGAUUUUGAAGCUCCUGAUUUAGAACGGGGUAUCCAUUUCAGAGGCAUUUUCCAGAACGGGGUAUAAUAUUUCCAAUGCACGAAAGCUCCACUUUUGUAAGCAUCCAUUUGAAAUUAUUCAAGGACAGAUUACUUUUAAAAAUAUGGUUCAAUGCGUUAACAAGCAAACUGUUGUACUCUUUGCACCUUAGAAUGGAGUAUAAAACAUUGGCCCAUUUCUAGAACGGGGUAUCAGUUUUAGGGCGAAUUCUAGAAUGGGGUAUCAAUUUUAGGGGAAAUUUUUUUUAGAUCGGGGUGCCAAUUUGGAGUCCCGGGCAGCACAUACCCACCCAAAAAAUACCCAAGUGCCCCCCCUCCGGGUCCAAGAUAUAAUAUGAAUCAUAGCUUAGAGAAUUUAAAGGUGAUUUACAUAAAGAGUUUUUUGUUUAUAUGCAAGAAUUAACUGUCAAUUGAAGACAAGUGAACUGAAAAGAAGUUGGUAGAUCAAGCAGUUUAAGCCUUUAAAGUCCUGUUUGCUUGGACUGGGAAUGUGCAUUUUUGUACUGUGAAAUUAUAUUCCUGGUAGGUGGUCCUUGAAAAUCGAAUGUGGCCCUUGAAAAGUCCUUAAGAAAUGGUUGCAAUUUUUGGUAUGAUCCCUGUCUUUAAGGAUAUGGUAAUAUGUUAUGACUGUAUUGUUAUUAAUAAUCUCAUGCAAAUGACUGACUCUUUCUUUGUUAACACAGUCAAAAAAAAUAUGUUUUUUCUCCUGUAGCUUCCAGGUAUGGUGCAGUAUUAAUACCAAGUGCUCCAGGAGCACUCUAUGACUUGGCUCAAGACAAUGAGUUGGCAAAACUUCUUAAUACAUUUGUCCAGGAAAAAAGUGAGUGCAUGCAGUUACUAGUCUAUUUCUCACAACAUGCUUGAGGGAAUCCAAGACAGUCUUGGAUUCUGGAUUCCAGAUUCCAGGCACUGAAUUCCAGAUUCUUGGUCAGUGGAACUUGGAUUCCAGACAUUUCCAGUCAUUGAUAGGAUUCUGUCCAUAUUCCUUGAGCUGUAAUGUGGAUUGUCUGCUGCCUGCUACAAUGUUUUUUUUAUUAUUAUUUAGAACCCAUCUGUGCUGUUGGACAUGGUGUUGCAGGGCUUUGUUCAGCGAGAAGAGAAGACAGAAAAUCUUGGAGUUUCAAGAGCUAUAGUUUGACAGGGGUAACCUUCAAAGUAUUCUAUGUUUAAUUUUUCUAAGUUUUAACUUUAUGUCAAUUAUUAUAAUGCUCAUAGUAACCACCCUGUCAACAUAUUUACUAUUAAAUAAAUAGGAUCAUUAAUACUAUUAUUUGGUUUCUGGGGAACUGCCCACCUACCCCUCCCCUAAGCCAACAUAAUUUGACACGUAUUAGGGCAAAAUCUUGGCUUAAGGGAGGGGUAAGUGGGCAGUUUCCCAGAAAGUAACCUAAAUUUAUCCAAUAAUUCAAUACAGUAAAACUGUUCACAAUAGACCAUUUUUGGACUGACGUCUUGUUAUGUUCAGCCCUCAGUAUUUGAAUCAGCUCGCUCUGCUGAUUUUUCAAGUCUCCCAUUAAUUGUUGAAGACUGGAUCAAAGAUAAUGGAGGCACAUACAGCGGUGAGGGUUUUUUCGUCAUAAAUAAAACCAUGUGACCUUGAAGUAACCAAUGAGAAUAUAUGCUGUUGGAAAAAACUGAGUAAAACAUUAGGAAUCAAGGCAUAAGGCUCAUCCAUGUACAACAAGCCUUUUCCAAGGGGAAAUCCAAACAUAAUUCCUAGAACUUCUCAAAGCUCAUCUCAAUCGUAGGAAUAUAAUAUUAUAACGUCCUCACUGUAUUUGAAGAACUUGAACCCAUUGACCUAAAGUUAGUUUACGUUUUACUUCUGGUAGUGUAUUAUGACAAAUCCAUGAUUAUGACCUUUUCAAUUAUUUUUUUUGUCCUUUUUUUUUCAGCCACUGAACCUGAUGGUAUGCAUGUCAUUAUUGACAGACAUCUCAUAACAGGACAAAAUGACACAUCAACACUAUCAGCUGUACAGAACCUCAUUCUUCUGUGCAAUGCAAGGUUAGAUUCCAAGUGUUAA